AGCAAGGACAAGCUGAUGUUCGGUCCCUGGCUGCACUUUAUACAGGAAAUCAAGGGAAGAAGGCACCACAUGUAGCUCUUGUCCUAUAAAAGGUACGGAGAGUUGCAGGAGAUGGUUAGUAGCAAUCAAAAUAGUAAAUAUGAUUUACUGUAAAUAAUCCUGCAGCCAACCUUGCAUCGCUGCGUGUGUGUAGGAAGCACUUCGGCGACGAUGUAUAUGAACGAGAUAUGCCAUCGGAAAGGACAAGGUACAGCUGUUGCUACUGUACUUCCAUGGACUGGAUCUGGCGCAGUGCCAAAAUACAAAGGCGCGUUUGAGAAGAGAAAGCGUCAAAGCAAACGUGCGACGGAGACUGAGAGCAGCAGGAAAAGGGAGGAGUGUGAAGAUCUUGACGAGGCAGUGAAGAAAAAUAAUCAAACAUGUCAGACCUUGGAGAAUGAGCUUCAAGAUGUUCUCCAGGAGAAGAAGCACUUGAGUCUCCACUUGUUCAACAAUAGCCAGAACGCAGUCCAAUAUGAACAGGUGAAGUCAGAGUAUGCGCAGCUCAAAGAGACCCUUGGUGCUGUGACUCAGGAGAGAGAUUCAGCCCUGCGGGAGAAGACCCAGCUCCAAGGCAAACUGGAGAACCUAGAGCAGGUGCUAAAGCAUAUGCGCGAGGCUGCAGAGCGGAGGCAGCAGCUAGAGUUGGAGCAUGAGCAAGCCUUGGCUGUACUCAAUGCAAAGCAGCAGGAAAUUGACCUUCUGCAGAAGGCUCAGGUUGAGGCUAAGAAGGAGCAUGAGGGCGCCGUUCAUCUGUUAGAGAACCACUUGGACAGCAUGCAGGCAAAAGUCCGAGAGCUGGAGGAGAAAUGUCGGACACAGAGUGAGCAGUUCAACCUCCUGUCCAAAGAGCUGGAGAAGUUCCGGCUACAGACUGGAAAGUUUGAUAUCCUUGGCAGUGGCACCGAUCCCUUAACAGCGGGUGAAACCCCCGGAUCUCCCAACAAAUCCCUCUCCCAGCUCCUCAACGGGCUGGCUGCCCCCACAGUGAAAGGCAAUGAGAGUCCGCUGAGCAGAUCUGUGAUCUCUGAGUUCAUCCGCCCGCUCCAGAUCAGUGGGGACAAGCCGGAGCUCCUGUCUGUAAAGCCAACAUUCCUCACCCGCAGCAGCAGCCAAGCUGAGAGCUCCCAGCGGGCCCUCCUCACCGAGCAGAUGGACAAAGAACUAAGCUCAACGACUAGGACCAAGAAGAGGUUCACAGGCAAGGUCCGUCUGUGCGUCGCCCGGUACAGUUAUAACCCCUGUAAUGGGCCCAAUGAGCAUCCUGAGGCAGAGCUCCCCCUGGUGGCAGGGAAGUACCUCUACGUGUACGGCACCAUGGAUGAUGACGGCUUCUAUGAAGGAGAGCUGCUGGAUGGACAGCAGGGCCUCGUCCCUUCCAACUUUGUGGACUUUGUUAAGGAUGAGGAGAUGCCCUCUGCUCAGCACAGGGACGGGGCCAAAGAGUCAGGCUACCUCAGUAGUAACCACAGCAGCCUGGGCUCCACAGGGCUGGGCAGCAUGUGCCUGAGCAGCAUCAGCAGCCUGCUGUCUGACAGUAAGCUGGACCUGGAGACCAGCCUGGAGAGAAACCUGGAGAGAAACCUGGGGAGCAACCUCAGUUCCACUUUGGGUUCCACUCACUGUUCCACUCUUGGCAGCCACAUGGGUUCCACUCACGGUUCCACUCUGGGCAGCCACAUGGGUUCUACUCUGGGCAGCCACAUGGGUUCCACUCUGGGCAGCCACAUGGGUUCCACUCUGGGCAGCCACAUGAGUUCCACCCACGGUUCCACUCUGGGUUCCACUCACUGUUCCACUCUGGGUUCCACUCACGGUUCCACUCUAGGCAACCACAUGGGUUCCACUCUGGGUUCCACUCACUGUUCCACUCUGGGUUCCACUCUAGGCAACCACAUGGGUUCCACUCUGGGUUCCAGUCACGGUUCCAGUCACGGUUCCACUGGCCUGGGUUCCAGUCUGAGCAGCACUCUGACUAGCCUGGGCAGCAGCAGCCUGGGCAUGGACUUUCUGGGCUCCAUGGGUUCCUGCAGUAACGGGACAGGGACCCUGGAUGUCAGCAUUGACGAGAUUGGUGAAAACAUCGUGCCUUACCCUCGCCGCAUCAAUCUGAUCAAACAGCUGGCCAAGAGUGUGAUCGUGUGCUGGGACCCACCGGUGGUGCCACCCGGCUGGGGCUCCAUCAGUGGCUACAACGUCCUGGUGGACAAGGAGGUGAGGAUGAGCGUGCCUUUUGGAGGCAGGACAAAGUCGCUGGUUGAAAAGCUGAACCUGGCCACCAACACGUACCGCAUCUCGGUGCAGAGCAUCACGGAGCAAGGCCUGUCUGACGAGCUACGCUGCACUCUGCUGGUGGGGAGGGACGUGGUGGUGGCUCCUUACUACCUGAGGGUGGACAACAUCACACAGACCUCUGCUGAGCUUUCCUGGCAGCCUAGCAACAGCAACUACAGCCACACCAUCUUCCUGAAUGACGCUGAGUAUGACAUGGUGAAGGCAGGGGCCUACAAGUACCAGUUCUUCCAACUGAAGCCCAUGACCGUUUACAAGGUGAAGGCUGUGGCGCGGACACACCAGAUGCCUUGGCAGCUGCCCUUGGAGCACAGGGACAAGAGGGAGAUCUCUGUGGAGUUCUGCACCCAACCUGCAGGUCCUCCCUUCCCUCCCCAGGAGGUGCAGGUCCAGUUGGGCCAGAACCCUGGGGUGCUGCAGGUACGAUGGAAGCCCCCCCUCCUCACCUCCACUGGAACCUCCAACGGAGCCAACGUGAUUGGCUAUGCCGUGUGCACAAAGGGACAAAAGAUAGCGGAGGUGAUGUACCCUACGGCAGACUAUGUGACAGUGGAGCUGAACAGGAUCCAGUGUCUGGAGGCCAGGGAGGUCAUUGUCAGGACGUUAUCAGCAGAAGGAGAGUCUCAGGACUCCCCCGUGGCCACUAUACCGCACAGUAUCCUGGGGCCUCCCCAUCACUCACCCCACCAUCGCCCCCCUGCACACCCCCAUCCUUUGCCCCAGCACCAUCCGCCACACACACAAACACACCCGCCCUACCCCCAGACCUACCCCUUGUCACACCCCCAACCUCAGGUCCACCCUCAAUCCCAGCCCUACACCUUGCCCCAUGGUCAGCCGCUGCGCCACCCACCCCCUCACCCCCACCCCCAACACCAGCCUUACCCCAUGUCUAAGCCCAAACUAGUAAGUGCCAGAGAGUCAGAAACCAAAGAGCAUGAGGUAGGCCUGCGGCCUGGCCCGCCCUGGGAACGCUCCCUCUCGCCCCUCCCUCCUCCCAUGUGUGGUCACACUCUGGAGGCGCCCCACUUCCAGGGGCGCCGUUCGCCCUCUCCUCAGAGGAUCCUGCCCCAGCCACAGGGAGCCCCCAUCCCCAACACCAUCGCCAAGGCCAUGGCCAGGGAAGCUGCACAGAGAGUGUUCGCUGAGAGUAACCGGAUUGAGAAGAGGAACAUCUUCAGUGAGCGGAGCAUAAACUCUGAUGAGGAGGAGGAUGGUUAUGACUCUCCCCACACCAGGAGGAGAGGGGCCUCUGUGGACGAGUUCCUCAGAGGCUCUGAACUAGGGAGACAUGUACGGCACCACUACAGCCACAGUGAAGAGUACCAGACAGAGAGCAGCCGCGGCUCCGACCUGUCUGACAUCAUGGAGGAGGACGAGGAUGACCUGUACUCUGAGAUGCAGCUGGAGGAGGGCCGUCGACGCAGCAUCAACUCUCACAACACUCUCAAGAUUAUAGGGAACUCCCCCUCCCAUGGAUGCCCCCAUGGCGACCGGCUGGACCAUUCAGGGAGGAGGCCGGUCCACGGCGGCAACCCCCCACAGCGACGGCCCAUGAUGGUUCCUUCCAUUGAUGGGUACGGCGGGCAGGGCCGCGGGCACCGGUCGCCAGAAUACUACGAAGAGUCAGAGCCAGAGGACCUGGCACGUAUAUUUGUGGCCCUGUUUGACUACGACCCUCUGUCCAUGUCCCCCAACCCUGAUGCUGCUGACGAGGAGCUGCCCUUCAAAGAGGGGCAGAUCAUCAAGGUGUUUGGGGAUAAGGACACGGAUGGUUUUUACAGGGCAGAGAUCCGUGAUCGUCCAGGUCUGAUCCCCUGUAACAUGGUGUCAGAGAUCCAGACUGAGGAUGAUGAGAUGAUGGACCAGCUACUCAAACAGGGCUUCCUCCCACUCAACACUCCUGUAGAGAAAUUAGAGAGGAACAGGCGGAGUGGGCGUCAGCACCCCUCGUCCACACGUAGAAUGGUGGCCCUGUAUGACUACGACCCCAGGGAGAGCUCCCCCAACGUGGAUGUGGAGUACGGGAGAGACGGGCUGAAUGAGGCUGAACUGACAUUCUGCGCUGGUGACGUGAUAACAGUUUUUGGUGAAAUUGAUGAAGAUGGGUUUCAUUAUGGCGAGCUCAAUGGACACAAAGGUCUUGUCCCCUCCAACUUUCUAGAAGAAGUGCCUGACGAUGUUGAGGUUUUUCUCACUGACACUCAGUCUCGAGAUGCUCGAUACCCGCAGGACGCCGCAGCGCUGAUAAAGACCAAAAGGGUUCCGUUGGAAAAAUCGAGUCCGCCCAGAAGAGCUGCCUACCCCAAAGUGCACCAACACAUCCCCGGCACUGGCCCUGCUACCGUGGGGCCUGGCAGUCCCAUCAGGGGCCCCCGCGACUUGUCCUCCAAAAAGAAAAAGGGACUUCUCUCCAAAGGGAAGAAACUAUUGAAAAGACUUGGCACUGUAAAAUAACCCCUUCAUAUACUUGAAGUAUAUUACCAACCACAUCAUAGAGGGCUCUAUUCAAUCUGUAGUGCUGAAGCGGUACAGAUUCCGUGUUUGAAAUGCAAAGGUCAUUUCCGAUUGAGCAGUGUUUACCAUGAAUGCGGUCUCCACUAAAGCGGGUACAUUGCCUUUAAAUUUCAAUCACGCUGAAAAGCUGCAUUUCCUCGAUGCGGAUUGAAUAAAGCCCUAAAUCUCAAACACUUCCAUUACUGUAAGUUCAGUCCUGUGAGAAGAAAAAAUCCAGUGGUUGAAGAUGUUGAUGGCAUUUAAUAACCAGUCAGAUGCUGUACUCUUACACAUCUGUUGUUGUCUACUAGAAACCAUUUAUUAUUUAAUUGCAGUGUGUAUUUUGAAUAAGGUCCAGGGACCUCAUAGUUUGACAUUUAACGUCAUAAGCCAACCUCUCUGGUCAUGUAUAUUUUGCUAUCUGAAGCACAGGACUGCAAUGCGAUGGGAUAAAAAUAUUCUCCAUCUUGAAUUGGCCAAUAGUACGUAGGUGUGUGUUUGACUGAAGACUACAAUGUCCCCCAGAAUAUGAGGUGUUUAAACCAGUCUCUUUAGGGCUGAGAUCAAACGAUAGAGCUCAGAAUGGCCAGUCAACAUCAUACUUGAUGAGACUACUACUGGUGGCCCUUCCUAACCAUACACGUCAUGUUGUAGUACCCAAAUGAGGCAAGGAAAAGAGCAGUUUUAUGGCCAGGCAGCUGAGGUCCUUGUAUGGGAACUGUAUGGGAGGUUUGCAUGUUUUACCUGAAAGCACAUCCAGAAUGAUCAUUCCCACCCAACAUUUGAAGCACAUGCUAACUGAUGGCCUUUUCUAUCAGAACAUGUUAGCAAGGCACAUGUGCAUGCUAUGUCGGUGCAUUUGAUGACAGAAUCUACACUGAGCAAAAUGUACUAAAUUAAUUUUAGUAGUAAAAAGCAUGUCCUCGUUUUCUUUACCUCCAUACAGAAUAUUCCAUACAAACCUAAUUGUCAGAUUGGUUCUCAGUCCAACUCAAGCCCAGGUACACAUUUGACUAGUCACGACCUAGCACCUGAAGUCAAGAUCUGUGCACUGGUAAAAUAUGCUACAUCUCCAGAAAGGCCAAAGUCAGAUAAGCAAGUAUCAAUUCCUAACAGCAAGUAUUAGUUCUUCAAACACACCAAAAGACCUCUGGACAAGCACAUUAGAUAGGAAAGGGUUUCAAGAUUCAGUUUCUUUAUUUUUUAAGUAGUUGAAUGGUCAUGAAAUGCCUAGUUGAAACCAACCUCCAUGUAUUUGCCUUAUAAAUGCACAAUUGUUUGUGUCCAGUCAGUGGAGAUUUUUUAUGUCUUGUAUGCAUUCAUGUCAUUGCAAUACAUACUUCUAAACAUGAAAUAUUUUUGCAAAAGAUGUUUAUCAAAGCUCGUGAUGUGCAUUUUAUUACUUGUACGAGUGUCAUGUUUUCUGGAGGACCUGAGCAUUAUUAGCUUGUUUGAAACUUAGGAAGGCCCAACUUUACACUCUUCAUGUUCUGUCCACAUUAAAAUGACAAAAAGAGAAAAAAAAGAAAGAAGUGUGGUGAAAAUGUAAAGGUGUAUUUAAUGUUUUUUUUUGUCAGUACAUUGUCACUUUUUUGGCACAAAAAAUUCAAGGCACUUUUUUGUUCUUCGUGAUAUAUACAGUACUUGCAAUGUGUUCAUUCUGCAUUCACAAUCCCAUUUUGACAUAGGUUUGUGUAUAAGACAAUGGACAAGAAGGAAAUGCAAUUGAAGGCCGGUUCAAUCAAAACUGUUUCCAGGAUAAGUUUAAAUCAGCAUUCUUCCUGUGCAACAACACAGUAUGGUGUGAAUUAAUGUGCAGUUGGUUUUCAUUUGGUUUAAAACAAAACAUUUUUUGUAGAGUACACUCCAAACUUGCAUUAUGCAGUAGGAGAAUGUUGUUUUUGACUUAUCCCAGACACAAGGUUUGAUAGAAUAACCUUCAUUGGAUGUAAGUCAUAUUAAGUUAUUUUUGUUACAUAGAAAUUGUGAUUUCAACAAGACAAGUCUACCUCCAUAAAGACCACUAGAAUUCCAACUAAUUUGACUCCAUGUUCACAGAAGCCAACUCCAUUUCAUUUAUGAAACUGAGCUCUUUCUGUUUGCCCAGAAGUAUUGUAUUUGUGUCAGCCCCCAACUAGCACAUAGAGUAGUGAAUGUAUGAUUAAUUGAAAACCAAUGUAUUAUAUUUAUCAAAAUUAUCCAUGAUGAGUAUGCAGAUGUCCAGCCGUUUUCUGGACCAGUUUGUAUGUGAAAUGAAACCUUUUUCCAUCUGUUAAGAACCUCUUACACUAUUUUGUUAAUCAUUUCAUCUUUCCAUUCAAUUUACAUCACUGUUUUGUUUUUGAACUACUACUUACAUGAGAUUUGAACUGAGACUGCCAAAAAAGAAUGUAUCAAAAGCAUUCUGUAUAACGUUCUGUACAAUUCUCAGCCAAAUAGGCAUUUCAAUCUACAGUUAAUAGAAGUACAUCUUUUCCAUAAUAAGUUGUCCGUCAUUGCUUCUAUACAUAUUGUUUGAGUGACCUGCUCUUUUUGUACUUUGUCCAUUUGUAAAUUGUUUUUAAAUGUUUAUACUUGAUUUUCAGACUGCCUUUUUUGUACAUAAAAAUUUAUAAUCAAACUGUGCAAAGCUUUCCCCAUGGUGUCUUCAAAACCAUGUUUUAAAAGUCUGCAAUUGUGUGCUAGCUUUAUGAAAAGAAAUAGCCUAUAUUGGGGGUUACAAAAUAUUGUGUGAGUGUGCAUGUGCAAUUUUUUUUAUAAAACAAAUUUGAUAUUUUGUAA